AUGCACUCCGGGGGGCACGAUUCCAGUGCGGUGCGCCCUGUAGGCGUACCGCUGGGAGAGGCCGCUAAACCACCCCGCUUUCAGGCCUACGUUACUGGGGAGCAACCCUCCUCCAACAACAACAUCGCGAGAGCUUCAUUUCAGUGCAACGAAAGCGCUACGGCGCUGGGUGUCCCCCAGCGCUUCAAGUCAUACAACUUUUGGUGUUCGCUAUGCGACCUUUACUCCUCUGCCAAACGAGGAAACAAACUGCGAACUUUCCCCUUCCAAAACCGAGCUUCUCGCGAAUGGCCGAACUCCAGACGCGCGAAACGCGUGCUCCCCUCCCGACGAACUCCAGGCGGCAAAAGUUCUCCUCCCCAGCUUCGGCCACCGGGCCAGCCGAGCUUAAUCCCUACAAGAUCAGACACUCCGAGCGACGAAACUCCGGCCCCAGAACUGGAGAUCACCGAGCGCGGGAAACUUGAGACGGAGGCGGAUGAGCUGCGAGCCAGGUUCAUUGACCAUACUCCGGAAACAAACUGGGACAAACUGCCUGCCUGGAUAUUGGUCUGGGAGCUCGCCGCCAGGAAACAGAGACACGGGAAACUGAGAGCUGCUGAACCAGACUGGGAGAAAGAGAAUCUCUCAACAGACAGACAGUACGACCAGACACUCCCUACCGCAGAAUCUCAGAUCUCAGAUGAGAGCCUGAGAAUCAUACGGGGGAACGAGACACGAGCGACCGACCUGUACUUGAGAGGCAGAGAACCUGAGAUGGCUGCUGGGAAAUGGCAGACAUCGGGUACUGGGAUUUCGGAAGACUUGGAGAAAUUGCCGGUAACGGAAUCUGACUUGGUGGAAUCAACCGGCUGGAAGAAGUCUGGCACCACCUGGGAAACUCUUGGAGUUGGAGGAGUUACCGGGAGAAUACCUCAGAAAGCUGGCAUGGCUCUGGCUGGCGGGGGCUGGUAG